AUGUGGCAGGACGUGGCCGAAGCGGUGCGCGUCGGCGCGGAUCGCGUCUCGGGCUCGCUCAACGAGUAUGGCCCGCCGAUGGAGCUGCCGGCAUUUGCAUCGGCGUGGAAGGAGCGCGCAGGGAAAUAUAUAGGAAAGGUGCACAACUGGGCGGAUCCGCCACCGCCGCCGCCGCCGUCGCUCGGCGAGCAGGCAGGAACAUGGCUCGUGCGGCACCGCACGCUCGCGGCAUAUGCGCUCGGCGGCGCGGUAGUCGUGGGACUCGGCAUUGCGUUGCACCGUGCACGCCCGCAGGUACCAACCUCGGGCACGGUCGUCGAAGGGCGCCGCACGCAGGCGGUGAUUGUGCUCGGCGGCGACUCGCCGCUCGGCCGCGCUCUCACGCUCUCGCUGGCGGCGCGCGACCUGAUUGUCCUGCCGUCGGUGUCGAACGACCAGGCGAAGCGCGCGCUCGAGUUCGAAGUGCCGCCGCCGUCCAAGGGGUACGUCAAGGCGCUUGUCCUCGACGCCAACGACCCUACCAGCGCCGAGGACAAGUUUGUGCAUGCCGUGCACGCCGCGCUGUGCAUGCGCUAUCCUAUUACGACGGCCGGCGAUCCGUACGCACGCCCGGGCGAAAACGUCCAGGUAAUUGGUGUGGUGAACGCGCUGAGCUUUGCGCCGGACGCAGACGUCCCCGACGCACUGGCAAGGAGCACGCCGGCGCGCCUGGAAGAGGCUCUGCGUACGCACGUCGUGACGCCGCUCAGCACCAUCAACCGCCUUCUUGCGUUGUUGACCGCGCUGCCGAACCGCGUCCAACGCCCAGAGGAGCAGACCCCGGCACUGAUCCUCUCGCUCAUCUCCUUGCCGGACGUGCAGGUUGCACAGCCGCUGCACGGCGCCGCGCCGAUCAUUGCACAGUCGGUGCGCGCAGGCAUCUCGACACUGCGCCGCGAGAGCGAUCAGCAGUACCUUGCGCAGCGCACCAACCACCCCCUCGCCUGGACGUGGCUCGGGACCAGCCGGCAGACGCAGCAGCGUCCUUUGCGCUGGACGCUCGUCGAGGUCGACGCGACCCGCAGCGCGCCAUUUUCGCAGGUGCAGCCGAGCGACUCGCGCGAGCUGGUCGGGCCAAAGCGCGCGCCGCCUGCGCCAAAGAAGCCGCGCGAUAUCCUCGACAAGGUCGCGCAGCUGCUCUUUUCGCGCGGAACGCCGCUGUGGCCGACGUACCGCGUGCGGGGCACGUCGCGCCUUGGGCAUGCGCUAGGCUAUCUAUGGGCAUCGAUUCUCGCCGUGCUUCCGACGAGCAUCCUGGACGUACUCGUGGCGACGAACCUGCGCUUCGCCGCACGGAGCACGGGCACGAUCCACGAUCAUUUGCACCGCGUCGUCACGGAUGCGACGGCGCCUCCUCCGUCGCUGCGGCCAGGCAACGGCGCUGCAUCGGGGCAUACAUAG